UUCUUGCAAUUACCUGUUCCACCAGAACUGAUGCGAGCGCGACUUGGCGAGCACAUGCCACGUUGGGAGAAGAGCCAGAAAAACUGAAGUACAACUGAAUCCACAGCCGCGGGAAAGCAGCAGCCAGAUUCGCGGGAACAAUUUAAUUUAAUCCACCUUCACACACACACACAAGAAAACCCAACUCAUCCAAGUGGGGUUUUUUUUUGCUUAUUUUUUCUUUCCCCCCCAACAAAUAAUAAACCACUGCCGACAGAGGAUCUGCGAGACGGCCAAGGAUGCACUUGUUGUCCGCCAGCUGCGUGUGCGCCCUCCUCACCAUCACCAUCACCACCACCGCGCUGCUCCGCCAAGUUGCCGGUUUGGAGACUGUGAGCGGCCUGUAUGGGGAAACGCUGGAGAUCCCGUGCCACAAUGGAGCCACAAAGGAAGAAGACAUUCUCAUCACUAAAUGGAAAUAUGACAAAGGAGAGGGAAUUCCAGGAGACCUGCUGGUCAAGCAGAAAAACAAGAACGCUGUAAUCAUGGCCACUGAUGAAUACAAAGACCGUGUAAGCAUGGCGGCUAACUCCAGCCUGCUGCUGUCUGCCGCCAAGUUGACUGACCAGCGGACGUUCACCUGCAUGGUGGUGGCUCGCGAAGACAUCAUGGAGUACCCCAUUAAUGUGAUGAUCUACAAGUCGCCGGAAGGCCUGGAGAUUUCUGACCAAGCAGAGGCGCUGGAGAUUGGCAAACUUACCAAGCUCGGAACAUGUGUCGCAAAAGAUGCCAGCCCAGCUGCAAACAUCACAUGGCUGAAGAACAAUAAACCUCUGGUGGCCGAUGGCGAAGGGAUUUCUAUUCGAACCUCGGUGCUGCUCGACCCUGUUACCGGCCUCUCAACCACGGCCUCCACACUGGAGUAUUCUGCCAAGAAAGAAGACACAGAUGCACAGUUCACCUGCAGCACUCAGCCCACCGUGGGCUCAGAGCUCGUGUCCUCUCCGGUGACCUUAACUGUCACUUACUCCACAGAGAACAUUGUCCUUCAGGUCAUUGCUCAGGACCCUCUUGAAGAAGGAGACAACGUGACUCUGAAGUGUGUUGCAGAUGGAAAUCCAGCUCCCACCAACUUUAACUUUCACCUUCAGGGAGAAAUGGUGAAAGUGGAAGACUCAAACACCUACACCAUCAGAAAUGUGUCUCGUGAAACCAGCGGUGAAUACAAAUGCUCUUUAAUUGACGAUCCCUCAAUGGAAGCCUCCAAGGACAUAACAGUCAACUACCUAGACAUCAAUUUAAGCCCCUCUGGGAACAUCGUUGAGCAUGUUGGCGAGGCCCUGGAUCUAACUCUCAAGAUUGAUUCUUCCGGAGAAUCAAAGGUCUUCUGGACAAAGGAUAACAUUAUGCUGGACAAGGAGCCGGAGUUUGCUGCGCUCACUUACUCGGACUCCGGUAGCUACGAGUGCGAGGUGACGAUGGGGCUCCUCAGCCGAAAAGCUUCUUUUGACCUGAUUGUGGAAGGUGCUCCGGUUAUCAAGCAGCUUUCCAAGCAGCUCAGUGAAGACGCCCAACAUAAAGUCCUAAUUUGCGAGGCUGAAGGGUCCCCGAAGCCGGCUGUUUCCUGGAGCAUCAACGGCACCUUGCUUGAUGAGAGUCCCUUCAUCAAUGGAAAAAUCACACACAAGAUCAAGGUCGUGCCCUCCGCAAAUCUAACCGUCUCUUGUACAGUGUCCAAUGAGUUUGGCAUUGAUACCAGAGCCAUAAAUGUGUCAUCUUUAAAUGGGGAGGUGAGAAUGGAUAAACAAGAUCAAUUGGAUGACAGUGACCAAACCAAGUUGGUGGUUGGAGUUGUAGUCGGGCUCCUCAUCGCCACUUUGGUUAUAGGUCUGGCCUACUGGGUUUACAUGAAGAAGUCAAAGCAGGGAAGCUGGAAGACCGGCGAAAAGGAAAACGGAUCCUCUGAGGAAGAGAAAAAACUGGAGGAGAAAGUGGAGGAGAACAGCCAAAAAGCUGAGGUGUAAAGAAACUGCAACCAUUCUUGAAAUGGGGAAGUGAAAGUGAGAACAGAACUUUUGCACAUUUCUCUUCACCUCUGUCUUUGGGGAAAAAAGUGUACAUUGGGAUGAAGACAGUUUGGAUUUGGUUUCAGGGAGAAUUUUACUAAAAUGCAUAUCCAAACAUCCACCCCGAGCCCAUCAACCCCUCACCCGCCAUUCCUAAAAAAAAAAAGAAAAAAGAAUGGAUACUGUAUGCGAUAUACAUAACUUGUCUGCACUACUGAUACCUGUGUAAACUUGUCUACUAUUAGGAUUCAUGUUUGUUAGAAUGGAAAUUGGGAAACUGAGAAAAUGCAAAUCUUUGGUUUUGUUAGUCGAUGCAAGUAAAAUUACUACUAGACCAGUUGCCUUCGCUGUAAGGAUGUGUAGGCCUGCAUUAGUCUGUGUUUGACUCUUUGUCCCUUGAACUGGGACAAGAGGAUGAUUAUUGCUUCUUAGAAUCAUGCCAUGACAGUCAAACAACCUCUGCCUUCAACAUCAAAAUCUGUUUAUUGGUGCAUAUAAUUCAGUUUGUUCAUUCAAAAAAGUUGAAAAUGAAAGGAAAUCCCUGAAAGGGCUAAGGGUAUUUUGUUAUACUCAGCAUUAGUUAUAGCUGGUAAUAUGAUUUUCAUGUGGAAUUGCAAGAAGUAGGUGAGUUCUUUGGUGUUACAUGAUUUUUUUUGUUGUUUUUGUUCUUCGAUUGUAACAAGGAGAGAAAAUGACAGCUCAUUUUUCCUUUUUUAUCUUUCAAAUGUACUGCACAUUUGACAUAACCACUGUACAACACAAGCAGGUAGAUUAUUGGGAGAAUGUACAGCACAAUACAACUCAUUUCUCUGGCUUUAAUUUGACUGCACACAUUCUGCAUUGAAAGCCAUUUUUAUUAUUUUUACGCUUCUCCCAAGGAAAUGUCCUUGAGCCUCUAGUAACGAAAGGAUAUUUUUAGUUUUUAUCUGUCAGGACUGUAAAGUUUGUGCUCCAUCAGUGUUGGAAGUAUGAUUGUUUAUUAUGUAGCUAAAAGGCAUAAUUUUGUAAUUGAGGACACAGAGUGAACAGGAUGUUUGUGUCAAAGUAGCCUUUAUAUGAUAUGUUUGCCUUCUUUUGAAAAUCUACCUGUAACUGCUUCAGUUUGUGAUGUGCACUAGGGUUCAUGUUUCAUGUCAAAAUUUGUGUAGAAUACGAUGAAUACGUGCAGCUGUACAUGUCACGAUCUUGGUCCUUUCAGAGCAUUUACUAAAUUUGAAAAAUGUAUCAAGACCAGGAUGUAGUUGUGAAGUAUGUGAUUUUAAUUUUCUUUUUUGCUAUUUAUACUGUGCAAGAUUAAAUAUCCUGGUAGGCAAAUUCAAUAACUGUCACAUAAUUCAUAUCUUGGAUUUAAGCCGCUGAUAAAUUGCUUGCAGAUUUUCCCGAAAAUGUAAUUAAGUUCUGAGUCAUCAGUAGUUUGCUCAGCGUCUGGUUGAAUAAUAUAUUCGGCAUGUAAUAAUCUCAGACCUCCAAGCUGCUGUUUGUUGCCUACCUUGUGUAAAACCAUCAAAUUGGAAGAAUGACCAAAGAAAGUGAACAUUGCCAUGCAAGUAUUGUAAAUAUCUGAUGUUUGUUUUUGUACUUUUGUUUAAAAUAAAGUGUACAUUUGGAAAAGUUA